GAAUUUUCUCACCCGUCCACCAUCCUCGCCAUCGUCGGCAACGGCUUUUGCUUCCCCUUCCCAUCCGUGCCAGGUGCCUGUCAGUGCUUCAAUUGCAAGCGAGGACCAAGCAUGACGACCCUCUUUUGCCCUGCGCUGCCGUCGAAUCGCUGCUUUUCGCUCACGCAUACCUCUACUACUACUUCAAACUUCCAUCUCCACCUCCACCACCACCAUCAUCUGCUUGCCCUGCGCCUCGAUCUUGCCGCCACUUGAAGUCAAGAUGUGGUAGUAGCUUCCCCGACUGUACAAGCUCUGUCCCAACCAUCUUAGUCCCUUUGCGAUUUUGCAUUUAUUCGUGGCUUGCCGUGUACCUGGCCUGUCUGCUAAUCGUUGCUCUGUCCAAACCUUUUCGGUGCCAUAUACCUUCUUCAUUUUCCUUGAUCUAUCGACUCGUCACGCUCGUUACAGGACAUACAAUACAUCCCAUAUCUACAAUAUGCGUACCUCGCAGAUCCUCGCCUUCGUGGCUGCCCUUCCUUCCACCCUUGCCGCCUACAAGGGCUUCAAUUAUGGUUCCACUGGCAACGACCAGUCCGCCUUCGAAGGCCAAUUCAAUUCGGCCAAGGCUCUAGGCUUCACGUCUGCUCGUCUGUACACCAUGAUCCAAGACGGAACCACCAACAGCCCCAUCUCUGCCAUCCCAGCAGCCAUCGAUACCGGCACCACUCUCUUGCUCGGCCUGUGGGCUUCAGCCGGCGACGCUGAUUUCGCCAACGAGCUCGCCGCGCUCAAUGCGGCCAUCACUCAAUAUGGCACCGCUUUUACCGACUUGAUUGCUGGCAUCAGCGUCGGCAGCGAAGACAUCUAUCGCAUCACUCCCAUCGGCAUCGAGAACAACUCCGGCGCUGGAGUGGGUCCGGCCACAAUCAUCAACUAUAUCAACCAAGUUCGAUCGGCCAUCGCCGGCACCUCGGCGGCAGGCAAGCCGGUCGGCCAUGUCGACACUUACAAUGUCUGGGCCAAUUCGAGCCAGAAUGCCCUGAUUGGAGCAUGCGACUUCCUUGGUGUCGACGCAUAUCCUUGGUACGAGACCACCAAAGCGAACAGCAUCGACAAUGCCAAUGCUACCUUCUGGGGUGACUAUGACGACACCACUGCUGCCGCCCAAGGAAAGCCUGUCUGGAUCACCGAGACUGGAUGGCCCGUGUCUGGAGCUAAUAGCAAUGAAGCUGUUGCCUCGGUCCAGAACGCGCAGACUUACUAUGACGCUGUCGGAUGUACGGCGUUUGGUGAAGGCAUCAACACUUGGUGGUACACCCUCCAGGACAGCGGAUCCAGCCCAAGUUUUGGUGUUGUGGGCGCUGGUUCACCUCCUCCAACCACGCCGCUGUACUCCUUGAGCUGCUAAGCGCAGCGUUGGGUAUAGCAUGUGGUGUCUAUAUACGUAAUAAAUUGGUGUGUGCAUUGGAUCGGGGCAAAAGUUGGUGUGACUAGGUAUGAACAACUAUAGAAACGACCAAUAAUGAAAAUGUAAUCCAUCGAGCAAAACAUGCAUCACCCGAACCGAGUCAUGACAAGUGAAGGAAAUUUUCAGA